AUGAAGUCCUUCCUCGUAUGGCAGGAUAAGGUGCAAGAUACAGACGGCAUUCGCCAACCCAUAUACGAUGUCGCCUUCCUCAACCACAGCAACCAGCUCGUCGCAACCGCCGGGACCGAGAUAUUAGUCUACGAUGCAGCAGAAGGCGAGCUACUCCGCUCGUUAAAGGCCCACAAAGACACCGUACUAUGCCUGACGGGCAUGGCAAAUGGGUUUGCGUCCGGUGGAGCGGAUAAGCAGGUUGUGAUAUGGAACAACAAGCUGGAGGGGAUCCUGAAGUAUUCGCAUAACGAUACUAUCCAAGCGAUUAGUGAAAGUCCGGUGGGAUCGCAGGUUGUUUCCUGUACGGCGACGGAUUUCGGGAUCUGGUCUGCCGACGUCAAGAGCGUUGCUAAACACAAGGUCCCAUCACGUAUUUGCACAGUAUCAUGGACGCCAGAUGGACAGACAUUUGCGCUCGGGUUAUUCAACGGUCACAUCAGUAUCCGCAGCAGAAGCGGCGAGGAGAGACUUCGCAUAGAGCGGGGAGAUAGCCCCGUCUGGUCCAUCGCAUGGAACCCAUCCCCGACCCGAGAAUAUGAUCUCCUGGCUGUGGCGGAUUGGAAUCAGAGACUAUCCUUCUUUCAACUGAGCGGUCGCCAAGUGGGAAAGGAUCGCCCACUUGGAUAUGACCCUUGCACCGUGUCAUACUUUGGAACCGGUGAAUAUGUCGCUUUGGGAGGAUCUGACCGGAAGGUCACACUCUGGACAACGGAGGGUGCUCGGUUGGGACAAGUGUGUGAGCUGGACAACUGGAUUUGGUCCUGCAAAGUCAAACCACGGCAGAACUAUGUGGCCGUGGGGACGCAUGACGGGAUCAUCGCGAUCUACCAGGUUACUUUCAACACGGUGCAUGGCCUAUACCAUGACCGAUAUGCGUAUCGGGAAAGCAUGACAGAUGUUGUCAUACAACACCUUUCAACGAACCAACGCGCGCGGAUCAAAUGCCGCGACUGGGUUAAAAAGAUUGCAGUGCAUAAAGAUCGGUUGGCGGUACAAUUGCCUGAGAAGAUCAUCAUCUACGAGUUGUUCCACGACGAUGCAUCCGAUAUGCACUACAGAAUCAAGCAGAAGAUUGCAAAGAAGGUCGAUUGCAAUCUGCUCGUAGUCACGGCACAGAAUAUCAUUUUCUGCAUGGAACGGAAACUGCAAAGCUACAACUUCCAAGGCGAGGCAGAACGGGAAUGGAUUCUGGGGUCUACCAUACGAUACAUCAAAGUGAUUGGGGGACGGCCGGGACGGGAAGGCUUGUUGGUCGGACUCAAGGACGGGCAAAUAUCCCAAAUCUUCAUCAACAACCCUUUCCCCGUCGAGGUACUGAAAAUGCAGUCGGCGGUCCGGUGCCUGGAUCUCAGUCUUCAGCGCAAAACGCUGGCAGUAGUUGAUGAGCACAACAUCUGCUUCGUGUACGACAUGAAAUCGAAACAGCUUCUGUAUCAAGAACCGAAUGCCAAUAGCGUCGCAUGCAACACCGAGCUCGAGGACAUCAUCUGCUACUCAGGCGGCGGGCUCCUCAACAUCAAAGCCAACAACUUCCCACCCCACCAACAAAAGAUGCAGGGUUUUGUCGUCGGGUUCAAAGGCUCUCACAUCUUCUGCUUACACGUCUACUCCAUGACGACGGUAGAUGUGCCGCAAUCCGCCUCCCUGGAGAGAUACCUCGAUAAGAAAGAUUUUGACGCUGCGUAUAAGGUCGCGUGCUUGGGCGUCACGGAAGCGGAUUGGAGACGACUGGCCUUGGACGCGCUUGAGGCGUCGAGAUUGGAUGUUGCGCUUAAGGCAUUCAUAAGGACGAGAGAUAUGCAGUUUAUUGAUCUGAUUAGAGGGAUGGAAAAGGUGAAAAGCGAAGGGAAAUGGGAUCCGGAGGCACUGCUGGCGGAUGUGUAUGCGUAUACGGGCAGGUUUCAGGAGGCGGCGAAGCUGUACAAGAAGACCGGCAACCCACAAAAAGCCAUCGACAUGUAUACUGAGCUCAACAUGUGGGACCAAGCCACCGCGUUUGCCCACGACACCCACACAAACAUGGAAAGCAUCCUCCAUCGCAAAGCGCAAACACAACAUGAUCGAAACGACCUCCUAGCCGCCGCGGAAACGUACGCACAAGUGGGCGAUUUCAUGAAAGCUAUCGACAUCCUUGGUCCAAAUGGAAGGCUGGACAAGUUGAUGGACGUGGCGAGGAAGCUGGACCAGGGGGAUACAAAAGGGCUUAGUCGCUGCGUAUAUUACUUCCGUAAGAAUAACCACCAUGCGUACGCGGCUGAAACCCUAGUGAAGAUGGGAGAUAUCGCGCACCUUCUGAAGCUGCAUAUCGAGCUGCAACACUGGGACGAGGCGUUUAAAUUAGCGGAAACGCAUCCGGAACUCUUGGAUCAGAUCUAUCUCCCCUACGCCAACUACCUGGCCACUAACGGCGACUUUUUGGAGGCGCAGGAGAACUUCAGGAAAGCGGGCAAGGUCGAAGAGGCGCUGAAAGUGCUGGGCGAGCUUACCGAGAACGCGGUGGUUGAGCACAGGUUCGAUGAUGCUGCUUAUUACUACUGGACGAUGAGUUCGGAGCAGCUGGAUAUUAUUCCCCGCACGACGCCACUGGACGAGCUUUCGUACACUGAGAAAUCAGCGCUUAAGGCCUUCCGGAAGUUUUACGCGUCAGCCGAGGUGUACUAUGCGUACUAUUACAUCUCCCGCUACAUUGACGAGCCAUUCACAUCCCACCUCCCGGAAACCUUGUUCAACAUGGCACGAUUCAUCCUCCACUACCUCAACCACAACGAAACGCCCAAAGGUGUAUCCAAAGUAUACACACUCUAUGCCCUGGCGCGCCUCUCGCAAGCUCUAGGCGCGUUCAAAGUCGCCCGAUAUGCAUUUGACAAACUGCAGACUAUGGUCAUACCCCCACAAUGGCAGGAAAUCAUCGACGUAGGCACGUUGACCAUCAGAGCCCAUCCGAAUCUGGAUAAGGAGAAUCUGCAACCGAUCUGCUACCAUUGCUCGACGCUGAAUCCGCUGGUGAAUCCCAAGGGCAACGUAUGCACAGCGUGCGGGGAACCGUUCGUCGUGUCUUUCUACUCCUUCGUAACACUCCCCGUCGUGCAGUUCGCCAUUGAACAAGGCGUCGGACACGACGAGGCGAUGCGGUUAGUUCUCACAGACCCCGUCUCCUUCGACCCCAAACAAGACACAACGGGAUCCAAAGACGACACGGGCAAACCCAAAGGCGGUUUAGUCGGCACUCACUCCGUCCGCCCAUCCUCUGCCCUGAACUCCAAUAAAGACGAUCCGUUCGCCCGCCAGCUCGCCGCACUCACCACCUCAGGUGUUACCGCUCUAAACUACACGCCGCUGCUCGUGGGGCGCAAGGCCCUCAUCGCGAUGGACAGACAGGCUGUACUGGUCCGUCAUUGGGACCGGGCGUGUAUACCUACUCAGUAUUACAAGACGAUGAUCACCGACGUGCCCAUUGUGUGCUGCACGUACUGCAAGCAAUUCUUUUUGGAAGAUGAGUGGGCUUAUCAGGUGCUCAAGGGUGGAGGGUGCCCGUUUUGUAGAGGGAAGGUGGAGCUGUAGGGUGAAGGAAGGGAGUGCUUGUGUGAACAUUGUGCCGCGACAGAGAAGAGAUGGGCGCAGGACAGCGUGGGGUGUCCCCGCGGAUGGAGAGAUUGUACAUACUGAAUAGAUUUUGGUUUCUUGGGAGUUCGGCGAUAUGUGAUUUACGUUGGCUAGUUUCCGUUAUUUUGAUGAUUGAAGAGAACUCAAUGGGAAGAGCUUGACUGACUUUCCCCGGCUCCCUGUUCCUCUUGUACUCUUGGCUUUUUUUUAUAGAAAUUCCGAGUUCGACGGUCCUUCCGUCAGUUUGCUCCAUCGCAUAUCAGAAUCGAGGGAAAAAUACAAGAUUGCUGUCUUUGAGGGAUUCCCUCAACUUGGCAUGGCUUUCGAUUACACA